AUGGCCAGAGACAGCAGGUCAUAUCGAAAACGAUCUUCUUCCAGAGACAGGGACAGAAAGAAACGUAGUCGUUCAAGAAGUAAAUCUAGACGCUCUCGAUCAAGAGAAAAGUUGCGUAGGUCACGCUCAAAAGACAGAAAAAGGAGUACUUCCAGAGAAAGAAAAAGUAGUCCUCCUGCAAGGGAAAGAAAAAGAAGUAGAUCCCGUGAACGAAGAGAUAAACGCAAACGAUCUGCAGAAAGAGAAAGAGGCAAACGAAAAUCACGGUCCAGGUCUGCAUCACCAGUUAAAGUUGCCAAGAGGGACUCCAAAUCGCCAACACCAGAAAGGAAAAAGCCUGCGUCUUCUUCCACAGAGACCAAAGUUAAAGAUGAACCAAUUGAUAAAGAAGAGGAGCAGAAGCGCCUUGAGGUUGAAAUGCAGAAGCGACGUGAACGCAUUGAGCAGUGGAGAGCUGAGCGCAAGAAGACACAAGAGCUGCUACCUAUCAACAUAGCUCCUGUGACUAGAAAGUGGACCCUAGAGGAUGAAGAUGAUGAUGAUGAUGAUGAAGCCGGAGGAGAGAAACACGAAGAUGAUGAAGUCGAUCCCCUUGAUGCAUACAUGCAGUCUGUCAAUGAUGAAGUGAAAAUAUUGAAAGAUAAAGACAAGAAACCUUAUGGAGAAAAUGAUGUUCACGGCAAAGUUGUGACACGAAUUAUGACAGUUGUGAAGAAAAAACAGGAGGAUCCCGGGAAAGAUAAAGGAGAACUGAUGUUAAAUAACAUGGAUGCUUUAGAGUAUUCAUCAGAAGAGGAGGAAGAGGACUUGGAUUCAAUGACAAACUUGAACAACAAACGCAAAAAGGACUUGAGUGCAGUGGACCAUGAAAAGAUAUAUUAUGCUUCCUUCCGAAAGUCAUUUUAUGUGGAGGUACCAGAAAUUGCAAAAAUGACAAACGAAGAGGUAGAAGACCUUCGAAAUGAGCUGGAGGGUAUUACUGUCAAAGGAAAACAGUGUCCGAGGCCAAUCAAGACCUGGGCACAGUGUGGAGUCAGCAAAAAGGUUAUGGAAGCCCUCAAAAAGCAUAAUUAUGAGAAACCUACACCCAUCCAGGCACAGGCUAUACCAGCUAUCAUGUCUGGCCGUGAUGUGAUUGGCAUUGCCAAGACUGGCAGUGGUAAAACCCUGGCUUUUGUCCUGCCGAUGAUCAGACACAUUAUGGAUCAGCCACCUCUGGAAGAAAGCGAUGGACCUAUUGCCAUACUGAUGAUCCCGACCAGAGAACUAGCUCUGCAGAUUGCAGCUGAAUGCAAGAAAUUCACCAAGCCCCACGGUUUACGAGCUGUAUGUGUGUACGGUGGUACUGGCAUUUCUGAGCAGAUAGCAGAGCUGAAACGUGGCUGUGAGAUUAUUGUGUGCACUCCUGGCCGAAUGAUCGACAUGUUGACUGCCAACAGUGGUCGAGUAACCAACUUGAGGCGGGUGACAUACAUUGUUCUGGAUGAAGCAGACAGGAUGUUUGAUAUGGGUUUUGAGCCACAGGUAAUGAAAAUCAUUGACAAUGUUCGCCCUGACCGCCAGACUGUCAUGUUCUCCGCCACCUUCCCCAGACAGAUGGAAGCUCUUGCCAGACGGAUCCUCACAAAGCCAAUUGAGGUUCAAGUGGGAGGUCGCAGUGUGGUGUGCAAAGAAGUCACCCAGAACGUGCUUAUCUUGGAGGAGGAUAAGAAGCUCUUCAAACUGUUGGAGCUGCUGGGUUUGUACUCGGAGAGUGGCAGCAUUUUGGUCUUCGUUGAUAAACAGGAGAAGGCGGAUGACCUCAUGAAGGAUCUCCUGAAGCAUUCCUACACCUGCCUGUCACUACAUGGAGGAAUUGACCAGUAUGACAGAGACAGCAUCAUUCAAGAUUUCAAAUCUGGAACAAUUAAACUACUGGUUGCGACAUCUGUGGCUGCCCGUGGUUUGGAUGUCAAGCAUUUGAUUCUGGUUGUAAAUUACGACUGCCCAAAUCAUUAUGAAGAUUAUGUUCACAGAUGUGG